AAACUACACAACUCAACAACUCCAUCAAACAGAAAAACCUUGAUAAGAAUAAAAAAGAAAGAAAAAAGAAAACUGCUUAGGCCUUGUAUUUAGAAACAAGUUGGUCGCCGACUGACUGUUCCCGACUGACCGGAAAACACAGUUGGACUUGCUCGUCGUCAGGAUAUCCGAAGAUACAUUCUAGCGCGAUUUUCGGCCGCCAUAACUGCUUCUGCAACAUAGGAAUAUCUGAAUGGUUGAAAUGGAGACUUUCAAGUAUUGCGUUGACGACCUAAUUUCCAAGGUUGAUCAGCUUGAGCAGAAAGUUCAUGAUAUAGAUGACUUUUACUCCAGUGCAAAUAAAAAGCAAACAAACAUCUCUAAAGGUAACUCAAUUACGAAGGAUAAAGAUAAGGAGAAACAUGUUCCAAGUAUUAAGAAGCAACAGCAGGAUGCAUCACGUAGAGAAGUGGCUGCUACCAAAAGAAUGCAAGAUCUUAUACGUCACUUUGGCACAAUAUUACGCCAGAUCACACAACACAAGUGGGCUUGGCCUUUCAUGCAACCAGUGGAUGUAGAGGGACUUGGCUUACAUGAUUAUUAUGAGGUCAUUGACAAGCCCAUGGAUUUCAAUACCAUUAAAAACCAAAUGGAAGCUAUUGAUGGUACUGGAUAUAAGCAUGUUCGAGAAGUAUGUGCUGAUGUGAGGUUGGUUUUCAAGAAUGCUAUGAAAUAUAAUGACGAAAGAAGUGAUGUUCAUGUGAUGGCAAAAACGUUAAUGGCAAAGUUUGAGGAGAAAUGGUUGCAACUUCUGCCUAAAGUUAUCGAAGAGGAAACAAGACGUGAAGAGGAAGAAGCUGAAGCACAGUUUGCUAUGCAAUUUGCUCAAGAAGCAGCUCAUGCUAAAAUGGCAAGAGACUUGAGUAAUGAGCUGGACGAAGUUGGUGUACAUUUAGAAGAGCUACGAGAGAUGGUUGUUAGAAGAUGCAGAAAAAUGUCAACUGAAGAAAAGAGAAAGCUUGGAACUUCUUUCACCAGACUGUCUCCUGACGAUCUAAGUAAAGCAUUAAAAAUUGUUGCUGAAAAUAAUCCAAGCUUCCAAGCAAAUGCUGAAGAGGUGGAUCUUGAUAUGGAUGCUCAGAGUGAGUCUACCUUGUGGAGGUUAAAUUUUUUUGUUAAGGAUGCUCUAGAAGUUCAGGGAAAGAAUUCAGGAAGCAUGGAUGGAGAUGAAAACCAGAACAACAAACGCAAAAGAGAUCCGUGUGAUGCCAUUGCAAAAACUUCGAAGAAGAAAACCAAGAAGCUUACUUGAAAUGUGAAAGUCAUUUGGACAUAAACAUGAUACUCUUGAGCUGUCUUGAGUUAGUGAUGAUACCAAAGGAGUUAUUUCAUGAACAAAUUAAACCACCUGGUUUGAUGAAGAAAUUUUCUUGGAAAGUCGCAAAUAUUUUGUUGCUCACAUUUGUCUUGUGUCAAGAGUAGUUUUUUUUAGAUGGCUCGCGUUUGUUUUCAAUGAAAUCAUUGAAAUGUAACCUAGUUUUUAAGACUUUUUUUUAGUUGUUAAUUCUUCAGUUUUCUUAUCAUUUUUAUGUUUGCUUCAAACUCAAACAAUGUAUUAAAAUUAUAGACAACAAAACUAAAUCUAGUAAUCUCUUCGGUUGAUCUGACA